AUGAAGUACGCUGCUGUUCUGACGGCUAUUGCCGCUCUAGCAUCCAGGGUUACCGCUGUCGGGGUCCAGGGGACCCCCGAGGGUUUUGCUUCUUCUGCCACUGGUGGCGGAGAUGCGACUGCGGUCUACCCUACUACGACUGAUGAACUUGUCUCUUACCUUGGUGAUGAUGAGGCCCGCGUUAUUGGCACCACUACUGCUACUGGAUGCGCUCCCUGGGGCACUGGCUCUGCCUGCCAGGUUGCUAUCAACCAGGAUGACUGGUGUACCAACUACGAACCGGAUGCGCCCACCACUUCUGUGACCUACAACUCCGCUGGCUUACUUGGUAUCACCGUGAACUCCAAUAAGUCUUUGAUUGGCGAGGGUACCAGUGGUGUCAUCAAGGGCCGUGGUAUUCGCAUGGUCAGCGGUGCCAGCAACAUCAUCGUACAGAACAUUGCUAUUACCGAUAUCAAUCCCAAGUACGUCUGGGGUGGUGAUGCCAUCACUCUUGAUAAUGCCGAUCUGGUUUGGAUUGAUCACGUCACUACUGCUCGCAUUGGCCGUCAACACUAUGUCCUGGGCACUGACGCUGACAACCGUGUCUCCCUCACCAACAACUACAUUGAUGGCGAAAGCGACUACUCUGCCACUUGCGAUGGCCACCACUACUGGAAUGUCUAUCUCGAUGGUUCUAGUGACAAGGUUACCUUCAAGGGUAACUAUCUGUACAAGACCAGUGGUCGCGCCCCCAAGAUCCAAGGCAAUACCUACCUCCACGCUGUCAACAAUUACUGGGACAACAACUCCGGUCAUGCUUUUGAGAUCGGUUCUGGGGGCUACGUGCUUGCUGAGGGUAACUAUUUCAGCAAUGUUGACACCGUUCUUGAGACUGAUUCCUUCGAGGGUGAACUCUUCUCCUCCGGUAGCUCCUCUAGCACCUGCGAGUCUUACAUUGGUCGUUCCUGCGUAGCCAACGUUAAUGAAGGUGAUCUCUCCGGCUCUUCCACCAUUGUCCUCGAGAACCUGUCGGGCGAUACCCUGCCAACCGCUUCGGCUGCCAGCACUGACCCUGCUUCCAGUGCUGGCCAGGGGAAUCUCUAA